GCCGCCCGCAUGGCCGCCAUCAAGGCGCUGCAGGAGUGGUGCCGGCAGCAGUGCGACGGUUACCGGGACGUGAGCAUCACCAACAUGACCACCUCGUUCCGCGACGGCCUGGCCUUCUGUGCCAUCCUGCACCGCCACCGGCCCGACCUCAUAAACUUCAGCGCCCUCCGGAAGGAAAACAUUUAUGAGAACAACAAAUUGGCCUUCCAGGUAGCGGAGGAGCAGCUGGGCAUCCCGGCCCUGCUGGAUGCUGAGGAUAUGGUGGCCCUGAAGGUGCCCGACCGGCUGAGCGUCCUGACCUACGUGUCGCAGUACUACAACUACUUCCAUGGCCGCUCCCCGAUUGGGGGCAUGGCUGGUGUAAAGAGACCCCCGUCGGAAUCAACUAAGGAACCUUUUGCGAAGAAGGCGUCCCAGCCAGCCACGCUGUCGUCUCCUGCUCCAGCCCGGGCACCGCCUCUGUCUCCAGCCAGGACAAACCCCGUGGUCCAGAGGAAAGAGGAGGGCUCGGAGGUGCCACCCUCGAAGGCUGGUGUGGCGGCCGGAAGCUCCGUCAGCAGCACCUGCGGGGUCUGUGGCAAGUACGUGCACCUGGUUCAGCGGCACCUGGCUGACGGCCGUCUCUACCACCGCAGCUGUUUCCGGUGUAAACAGUGCUCCAACACACUGCACUCAGGAGCCUACCGCAGCACGGGAGAGCCAGGCGUCUUCAUCUGUACCAGCCACUGCCCCAGAAGAGCGCCUGCCAGCCCCAAGUUGCAGGGCCCAACCUCCAGGCACCUGGGGCCCAUCCCAGCAGACUCCAAACCUCCCAGCACCCUGCGGAAGACCCAAGAGACAAAUGGGCUGGGAGAGGCAGUACCAAAGGCCAGGGCGGUGGCCCGGGAGCCUGCCGUGGCCAAUGCCACUGCCAGAGGCUUUGUCCGCACUGAACCUGACCCUCCAGCCUCCUCCCAUGUCCGCGUGGAGACCCCUGCAGGGCGCAGGCUGCCCACAAGCUCAGUGGCCUCUUUUUCUGGGGAGAGCAAAGCUGGCUCCCACGUGACCAACAGCUCCCCAGCAGGAUGGUCGGCACCUGCCCAAGGCACAGCGACUGCCAGCUCCCGUCCCGCCGCAUCUUCAAGAGCCCUAGACCCUCGCCCUGCUGCACCCAUACGUACCCCGGACUCCCACCCUGAUGUUCCCCCAAGUGCUCUGGACCCUCGUCCUGCCGCAUCCCAAGGCCGGACAUCCUCACCAGGGACAGCUUCUAAGACCCAACUCUGCCCGAGCCCAGAAUCUCCAGCCACAGGGACCGCGCCAGGCUGGACCCCCUCGGCCUCUAGGACGCAGCAGGCCCGGGAGAAGUUCUUCCAGACCCCAGCCCUGGCCAGCAGUGGCCUUGCCAGUAGGGUGCCCCCUGUGGCAGAUGCCCCUGCCCGGGACAGCAGCCGGGAGCAAGCGCGGAGCUUCCUCAAGAAGACCCUGCCCGGGUUGGCGGGGGCUGGCACUCAAGCUCCUGGCAGGCCCUCCCCAGCCACUUCCCCUGCCCAGAAUGCCCAUCCCAAGACUGAAGGAUCACGAGCAGUUCCCUCAGCCAGGCUUUCACACCCAGCCGCUCCUCAGCCCCUCAGCCCCCCUUCAAAGAUGGAGCCACCAGCCCCCCUGAAUACGAGCAACACCUUGCGGCCAUCUGCAUCGCCCCAGGUCGGCAGCAGGAGCCUGGUUGUAUCUUCAGGGGUCAGCAGGACCAGUGUGGGCUCCAGGCCGCAGGCAGACACCCCAAGGGCCAUGGGCCCAAAUGCCAGCCCCCAGGAAGACCGGGAGGAGGGGCCGGAAGGUUGGAGGGCCCGCCUGAGGCCUGUGGAUAAGAAACUCUCUGCUGAGAGGGCUCUACAGCAGAGAGAGCCACAGGUCUCGGAGCCACGGGGGAGCAACACCCCCAAGAAGGUUCCCUGCAACUCUGAAGUGGGCAUACACAUCACCCUGACCCCCGUGCAGCCCGAGAGGACACAGAGAGCGGCCAACCCAGGACCCAGCCUCACAGCCGCCUCCCCGUCCCCGUCCCCCCGCAGGAAAUUGGCCGUCCCUGCCAACCUUGACGUUUCUGCCGACUGGCUUCGACCGGAGCCCUCAGGGCAGGAAGCCCGCACCCACAGCUGGAAGGAGAAGGCUCAGCCUCAGGUCAAAGCAGGGGGGCCCAAGGGCCUGGCCAGCACCCCGGCUCUGCCUGGUGAAAGCAUGACUUCUCCGGUCAGGCUGCACCCGGACUACAUCCCCCAAGAGGAGAUCCAGAAGGAACUGCAGAACAUCGAGAGGCAGCUGGACACGCUGGAGCUCCAGGGUGUGGCGCUGGAGAAGCGGCUGCGGGCAGCCGAGGGAGAUGUCACGGAGGAUAGCCUCAUGGUGGACUGGUUCCGGCUUAUCCAUGAGAAACAGCUGCUGCUACGGCUGGAGUCGGAGCUGAUGUACAAGUUCAAAGACCAGUGCCUGGAGGAGCGACAGCUGGACCUGGAGGGCGAGCUGCGCAGGCUGAUGGCCAAGCCUGAGGGUCUGAAGUCACCCCAGGACAGGCAGCGGGAACAAGAGCUGCUGAGUCAGUAUGUGAGCACGGUGAAUGACCGUAGCGACAUCGUGGACUUCCUGGAUGAGGACCGCAUCAGGGAGCAAGAAGAGGACCAGAUAUUACAGAACAUGAUCCAGAACCUCGGUCUCCAGAGGAAGAGGUCCAAGUUCCGCUUGCCCAAGAUCUGGAUCUCGAAAAGCAAGGGCAGUUAGAUGGAGUGACCUGUCCGUCACUAGCUCCGGCCUGCCCCUUGGACUCAGGAAGACUGGUGCUGUGGCCCUGGAUGGGGCACUUGGGGUCUCCAGGGCCCUUGUGGCCUUAAUAAAGACACUGAACCUUC